UUUUUUCUCUUCCUUUUCUUUUUUCCAAAUAGAAUAUAAAACUCCGUAUUUUUUAGGUAGAAACUAGAAACCACUCAAUUUAUUAUGUCCCAAUCUCUUCUUUGUCCCCGUCUUUCAAAGCCUCCUCUCACCCUUCGUUUGUGAGGUUCUUUCAUGGCGGCCCACCUUCUAUUCUCUUCCUCUUAGGCCCUUCUGUUCCUCUCAUUUUUUUCUUAGCUAUCCAUAUUCUCUCACCAUCUAAUCCCAGUUACGAGACACCCAUCACAAUCUUUUCUUUCUAGCUUCUUCUUUUUUUCUUUUUUCUUUUUAGUCUUCAUUGGUUGGCUUUUAUGGGCUUAUGAAUGCAUCAACCCCUCCCCGUUUGUUCACUGGUCAAGAGCUGUUGUAGAAAGAUGAACACUGGAGCCCUGCAGCAGUGGUCGGACGAGGUGGAGAAGUUGCUUGCUUUCUGAAUCUCCCACACUUCCUGCAUAAUCAUAAUCAUCUUUUAAGCAAAAGAACCAUCUCUCCACAUUUAUUGGUGUUUGCUUCCCCAUAUUGUGCCAUUCCUUGAAACGUCUGUUGCAUUUGUCUUGCUUCCACCAUGGCAACCAAGAUGAAAGGGAUCUACAAAAGUUUCAAAUACAUCUCCCAAAUUUUUGUUGUGAAGGAGCGUGAGAUGGAAAUUGGGUACCCAACAGACGUGAAACAUGUGGCGCACAUAGGUGUGGAUGGCCCUUCUGGCAAUGCACCUACUUGGAUGAAUGAAUACAAGACAGCAUCUGAGUUUUCGACGGCAUCGCUCGGUAGCAUCGGUGAAUUUAGAGAUUCCAGCUCUAUGGCUCUUUCCACAUGGUCCUCUCACGAUUUUGAUGAGUCCAUGAGACACCAACCAAGCUUUGACAUGUUCAAAGACGUUCCACCAACAGAUCUUCCUAAUAUUCCGAAGAAACAGAAGAGAAAAAAGACAAGGUCAUCUUCUUCUCCCAAGUCUUCCUCCUCUAGAUCGUCUCGAUCAGCAAAGACAAAGACUGCAUUCAAUUGUAUGGAUGCGACAUCAAACUCACAAUUUUAGAAAUGGUGUAAAAUUAUGAAAAUGGUUCAGGGAACUAACGAAUUGAAGGAAAACUGUUGAUGUGCAUAGCAAACGUUGUGAAAUCCCCUCUUCUUACUAAGGUUGGUUGUUCACGAGGUCUUCAAGGACAACAUGGGAGGCUGAACAAAAUCUUGUGUAGAUUUAGAAAAUCGUGUUUUCUGGGAAGAUGGAAAUGAAUUAGGUGGUGGUGGCAACAUGUGUGAAAAGUAGAAACAACGAUCAAUUGCAUGCAUAAAUUAAGGUACGAAGGGGAUGCUCUUUUUCUAGCUUUGAAUGGUCCUUGAGUUAGAAUAUGUUCUUUCUGGAUGCUAGAAUGUAAGAUUCAUUCUUUCGGAUGCUAGAAUGUACAAUUCACAAGUUGCAAAUUCAAUUUUUAGCACAUUCUUUCUUA